CAGGUUACGUUAUGYAUUUCAAUACUCGUGUCGUUGACCGUGUUCUUCUUGCUGUUGGCCGAAAUCAUUCCGCCCACAUCGUUGGCGGUGCCCCUGCUGGGCAAGUAUCUGCUCUUUACCAUGAUACUCGUCUCGCUGUCCGUUUGGACAACGGUCUGUGUGCUCAACAUACACUUCAGAUCCCCUUCGACGCACAACAUGUCGCCGCUGUGUCGCAAAUUGUUCCUGCACCUCAUGCCUAAGCUGAUGAUGAUGCGACGCACUCAGUACACUCUGCCCGACUACGACGACUCCACGCCCAGCAAUGGCUACACCAACGAGAUCGAUGUGCGCGACAGCAUCAGCGAUUUUCCCAGCGAGUUUAAAGACAGCCAGGAUGGCGCUUACGAUAAUGGCAUGCAGCACUCAGUGGAUUCCGACAAUGUGAUACCACGCAACUUAACACCCGAAGUGCUGCAGGCAUUUCGUGCGGUCAGAUUUAUUGCGCAGCAUAUCAAGGACGCCGACAAGGAUAACGAGAUUGUCGAGGACUGGAAAUUCUUUUCCAUGGUAUUGGAUCGCUUCUUUCUCUGGCUGUUUACGUGCUCCUGUGUGUUCGGCACUUUCGCCAUCAUCUGCCAGUCGCCCUCACUCUACGACACACGCGCACCCGUGGACCGUCUCUACAGCGAGAUACCACUGCGUAAAAGCAAUUUCAUGCUGCCGCCGGACAUUGUCAGGCAGGUGGUUAAUUAGGUGGGGAAAGGUCUUCAAAAGGAGCAUAACUCGUGUCAUGGGUCCUAUUCGAAAAAAAAAUUAAGUAAUCUGAUAAAGUCAACAAUAAAGAAAAGAACUUACAGCCAAUUGAAUUGAAAAUUGAAAAAAAUUAGCACAGAACCCUUGAAAUCUAACGAACAAUUAUGUCGGCUUUCAAGUAUUGCAGCAAUAUUAUAAAUCUAAAAUAAUUACAAUAAAUUAUUAAUAAUAAAUUAAUCAAUUCAUGAAUUAUCU